CCGGAUUCCUUCCCGCCGGGCGGGCGCAUCACCACUCCACCUCCGACCCAGCCAUGCUCGUGUCCAUGCUCGUGUCCAGCAGCAGCAGCAGUCACUACCUAUCCUCUACUCCACAACCACAACCACAACCACAACCAGCUACACAUCCUAAGUCCAUGUAUACGUGGAACCUUCACCUCUUCACACUCCCCGAAUCCAAGACCAUACCCAACCCUCAUCCUCAUCACCAAGAACCACCCACCACCACCCACCUCAAAUCCCAAAAUGGACCUCACCGACCCCGCCCACAGCCUCGGAACCUUCCGCACGCGCCCGCGCACCAGCCGCUCCGGCGACCAAGAACUGCCCUGGAAACUGAUCAUCCCCGGGGGCGAUGACGACCCCGCCCACGAUCAACAAGAAAAGGAACAGCACAGUCCCCCCAUCCUCAAACCCACCACCACCACCACCACCAGAACCCCCGUGUUCCCCCCCUCAUCCACAGAAUGGUCCGCCCGCAUCACCGGGGAAGUCCUCAGCAGCAUCGGCAAGAACAGUAUUCUCGUUCCGCCACCACGCCCCCAGCAGCAGCAGCAGCGCUCGAGAUCCGCUCCAGCGCCUGCACCGGACCUAGAUAUAGAUGCGGUGUCUCCGAAGUCGAAGAAUAUACCGGGAGUUGGACACGGACACGGACAGGGAGACGGACAAGGGAGGGAAAGGAGCAGCAACAGCCCGAGGCGCGGAACGACUACGAUACCACCGGACCUCCUCAACCCUUUCCCUAGUCCAAGCCCAGGCCCAGGCCCAGGCUCAGGCUCAGCCCGACCCCUCCCCCGCCGAGGAGGAUCCACCACAGACGUCGCCGGCGGCGGUAGCGGCAGGACCCCGUCCCCGCUUCCUCCAUCUUGCACGACAACCGAUCUUCCAGGGCUACCUCCAAGUUUAAGCCGAACGGCAUCGAGCGAGUCGCCGAAGCCGGGAAAGGGGCCGGAGCAAGACCCAGACCUAGACCCAGACCCAAAGCAAAAGCAGCAGGCCGAAACGCCGAGCAGGCACGAGCGCAAGCGCGAGGACGCGGAGGCGGGGGCGGAGCCGGAGCCGGAGCCGGAGAUCGUGAUGUUCAGUACGGCGUAUCCGGGGCAGGAGUGGCGGCCGGUGGGGCUUAUGGAGGCGUCCGGGUGGGGGGAUGAGUGACUGACUGUAGGUGUUUGGGGGAUUGGGCAUGGGAUUGGGCACUGGGCGGUUAUGGCUAAAGUAAUGUAAUGAAUGGGUGGAGGGUCGGCGCAUUCUGGUUUACGGGGUUGGCGUUUUCAUGAGAGUGUUUUUGGAUGGGUGGUGAGGAGGACCGCGGCAGGCGUUUGUGAUUGGAGGUAUCAUUCAGCUCUGGGAUUUUGGGGUCUGUUUGUGUGCCUUGGCUGGGCGUGAUCCAGGUUAAUUUGGGAUAGGGGGUGGAUGUGGG